GCUUCAUUUUAAUUUAUGUUAAAUUGAUGUACAGUCUUUCCCGGAUGUACGCGACACUCGAGUUAGGCAGCGGUCAGAACUUCGCCGCAUGCGAUUUUGCCGCAAGCUUUUGUAUGGGAUUUGACGUUAAUGACAGCACUUGCGAAUCAGCCGCAUGCGGCGAUGCGGCAAAAUCAAAAUCAUUUGAUUUUGCCGCAUCGCCGCAUGCGAUUUUAUUUCAGAUGUCAAAUGCCUAAAAUCAUAUCAAUGAAUGAUUAUCUUUAUAAAGAAACAACAAAAUAUCAUUAUAAUACCUUGAAAAGCUAGAAAAUUGAGAAAACUCUUUUCUUGCCGCAUGCGGCAAAAUUGCAUGCUGCGAAGUUCUGACCAUUACCUUACGUGAAUUUUUAUUUUUGACAGUUCAGAGUCAAAUCAGUGCAAAUUUCUCCAUCAAUUGUCAAAUGAAAAAUAACUUGCAUUUUUUUCAAAAGUUUUAAAUCACUAAAAAACAGAUAAAACUCAUUUUUCUACACCAUUUGCAUCAAAUAAGUAAUAAAUUAUAUGAAUGAACUAAAUUCAAUCUAAAAUUAAGGUUAAUCGAGUAUAUUUUGGCUGUAAAACAUGAUACUCGACUUACGCGAAAAUCCGAGUUACGCGAAUGUCUCCCGAACGCAUUAUUCACGUAACUCAGGAAAGACUGUAUAGUCUAAACUCACUGGUUGAACUUUGAUUCCCUGCCAACUAUUGAAUAUGUGCUUUUUAGUUGGCAAAAACAUGGAAAACCAUACCAAAAAUUUAUGAUUUUUUUCUCGGCAAGCCAGGAGAUUUUUGUGAAAUUUUCAAAAACCGGUACAAACGCAUGCUUUUUAAUUGAACUGUCAGCCAACUAUCGAGCGUCCAACUAAAAAUCACGCAAACUAAAAAGCGUUGAAGUAUUGAUUUCUGACUGCAUUUAAUAAUAUACUCACCCACACCAUCAAGCGACCGUCCCACAAUGUGGCAAACCAUUUCUAUAGCUUUUCUACGGUGUAGUUGUCAAUUCGUUCGGGAUAAGUCCAAUAUACAGGUGGACCCACUUGUACCGACUUUGCUCAAUACUGUACGUAACCAAGGUAACAAACUACUGGCAAACAAAUAAACAUAUUGAAGAAAGCAGUCUAACUCCGUUAACUGUGGGAUAUAGAUAUAUCUAGAAUAUUAGUUUUCGAAACGCAUUAGAAAAACAUGGAAGAUGUUAACAAUAACUCAUCGGCACGAUCCUAUUCAGACCGUCCUGCAUCCCGAAGAGGUUUAGGUCCAACUAACAAUCUAUUUGCUUCAAAUAACACAACCACCUCAGCAACGCCUAACCCUGUUGCCAUCAUAAGACCCGGAACUGCUUUGAAACCACCUUCUGCAUUGCGCUCUGGAACUGCAAGUAGGCUGUUGGCAAAUAAUGGAAUUUCUAUGAUUUCGUCGACAUCCCAACGCAUUGGAACAGCUUUAGGAAAUGCUGGAAAUCGAAUGGCAGACCGUCCAAUUACACAGCAUGGCAUCAGUGGUCUUUCGACGUCUUACGGACGUCUUGGAACUGCUGUUAGUAGUAAUCGUCAAAUUAAAGACAAACGCUACUGGCAAGCAUUAUUACAAAGCAAAAUUCAAGAAAUCAAUCAAGAAACAACAAAGAUUUUGAAGGAAAAAAAGUUUCUCGAUCGUGAACGAUCAGCUAGAAAGCUGUACGAGAAACGUGUAAAAGAAGCUGCAAAAGAAUUGACAAACCUACAAUCCACCCUAACGUCGAUGAAUUUAGCUUUGGACAACUGUACAUCGGGUAUGACACGGCAACAUCUAUUAAACGAAACGGUAGCAUUACGAGAACGCAACGAGCACAUUCAAGAACAGUUGGAGGUCAUUUUCAAGCAGCGACAACAAAAAGACAUCGAAAACAAGGCACUGGAACGAAAUACAGAACAGGAGAAAAAUAAGGUGAUUGAAAUGAUCAAUUCGCUACCAGAAGAGGAUCAGCACAAAUAUCGGGAAUACAAAGCUUUGUCGGAAAAUCUUCGCAAACAGAAUGCCAUUUACCAUAGCCAGAUAAGCGAGAUGGAAAAACAAAAGGACAGACUUAACACAAUGAUUAUGAACUCACAAUCUCGUUCUGAAGCACAUCGUCUAAAAUCAAAGUUGAAAGAAUUGCUAAACAAACGAAAUGCUUUACGAGAAGAGGAAAACAAUCGCCUCUCGCCAGCUCAGGAGCGCGAAAAACUAAUCAACGAUGUACGAUCCAACAACCAGGCGCUAGCUAGUAUUGGCAAGCAACUAAAGAUCGUUGAAGAUCAAUUGAUAGAAAAAAAAGAAACAUUACAGCAGAUCGACCAAGAUCUUGAAGAAGGAAACUCCGAGCGCCAUGUAAAGUACAAGGAACUUAAAAAACGAGAUGAUGUAAUGUCAGCAUUUAUGGACAGUUUUAAAAGCAACAUGAAUCAGGAACAGCAAUGUAUAGAUACGCUGAAAAAUCAAAUCACGUAUGCUAUUGAGCAAAUUACAAUGCAAGGAAUCAACAUGAACGGGAUGUAUGAUGCGAAACUAGAAGGAAACGGAUUUACAUCUAAGAAUGAUCUUAAUUCUCACUCGGGACUGAUGAAGGAAUACAAAAAACUUGGCAUACAACUCAAGCAACUCCAAAUAUUGGAAAAACGUACAGUGCAGCAAAUGAAUUCUCUACGCCAGGAAGAAACAGAAGCUCUGCAAAGUAUUCAAAAGUAUGCUAACUUGGAAAUACCUCGAUCCGAGGCAAUUGCAAAAAUGAAUGAGCUUACCACCAUUCUGCAAGAGAUGGAAGAUAAAAAACGUGUUACAGAAAAUGUGGUCGAUGAAGCUCGCAAUAGAAAUCAUGAGAUAAAGAUUAAUCUGAAAAGUAACGAUACAUAUCGACAAAUUUCUCAUCUUGAAGAUAAGCUGAUAGAUUUAAUGAAGGACAAUAAAGUGCUUCAAGAAACAGUGAAAAACAUACAGCAGGAAAACGACUACUCGAACAUACGUACUGAAGUGCAUGAAUUAGUAAAUGAACACAAUACUCUUUUAAUUUUGUAAAUUUAAAUUCGACAGUGUUUCUUUCCGGAGGACUCAAACAAACAACCCCAAAAUCAUGAUUAAAUCGAUAUCAAAUAUUCUUCUUCUUCUUCUUCUUUCGCUCAACAACCGUUGUUGGUCAAGGCCUGUCUGUACCACUUGUGGGCUUGGCUUUCAGUGACUUAUUGAUUUGCCCCCAUGGCAGGAUAAUCAGUCCUACGUAUGGCGGCACAGUCCAUUUGGGGAUUGAACCCAUGACGGGCAUGUUGUUAAGUCGUGCGAGUUGACGACUGUACCACGAGACCCGCUAAAAAAUAUUAUUUUUUAUAUUAUACACGACAUAUUAUUACAAUUGUAUCAAUCCCUGUUCAAAAUAAAUAUUUACUUACAAUUAUUGCUCGAUGGUAAAUAUAGUUGAAAGUUCUUGUGUAUUGUAA